AUGAUGUCUGAACCAACUCACCGUGUCGGCCGUCCUGAUUCUGACGAAAGAGAUUUAAAAAUCUCACCAUUGCAAAAGCAAAUGGAUGACAUAACAAAACAAUUGAAAGACAUCGAGGAAGCUAUUGCCGUCAAAGAUUCUGAGGCAAAGGCAACAAGAAAUAACAGGUCAAAAGUCGAUAAUAGUCAAAUAACAAAAUUACAGCAACAAGUUAAGAAACUGGUGAAUAAGCAAACUAGUUUGAGUCAGGAAAAGGAUAAUCUUCAAGCUCAGAUUAGGUCAAUUGAAGUAGAGGUUAAAAGGAAAACUGCCGAAAUCGAUGAGAAACUUGCUACAAUUAAGUUUAACUUUAAAACAUUGGAGGAAUUUGAUGAAGAAUUGAAAAAAAUUGAUCAAGAGUUUAAUGCAAAAAAAAUUGAAAGAACUUUAGUUGAAGAAAGAGAAUUAUCUUUGAAGAGAACAAGAUUGAUAGCAGCAAAGAAAAUCCUUGCCUCCACUAAACCAAAGCAAGAUGAGAUAUCAAAUGAUAAGAUGAAGAUCUCUGAAUUAAAAAAAAAACUAGCAAAUUCUUCUGAAGUUAGAGCGGUGCAGAAUGAAAUAGAUUCAACUUUAGAUAAAAUAAAUGAUAUUAAAAAUGUCAAUCAAGAGAAAGUAUCGAAUUUUUCCAAUGAUAAGCAAGCUUUAAUCACCAAAAGAAAUCUAUUAUACAUUAAGAGGGACGAACUAUAUCAAAAAAUUUCUGAAAUAAGAAGUACAUUUGAUAAAGAAUAUAGGAAAUAUGAAAAACAAAAUCAACAGGAAUCGUACGAAAGAUUUAAAGCUGUUAGUUUGAGAAAGUUAGCUAAUGAGAGAGAAGAAAUAUUGAAAAAAUUGGAAAAUGCAUUAACUGAAGCUUCUGUACCUGCUCUCAUUGAUGAGAUUAAUAAUGUUCAGACUUGUUUACUGGCAAUGGACCCAGAUUAUGUAAGACCAGUAAAGAAUAAACUCGUUACCUAUGGCAAAGAUAAUAGUGGUGAACAUCAGUCAAUGACUGUAGUAAAUGAGGAUUUGGUGGCUGUAGGAAGUGUCUACCAAGAUGAACAUUUCAGUACACCUCCAUCUAAAAAUAAAAAAUUAUUAAAGUUACAAAAACGAAAUGAAGAUCCAAAUGCUGACAGUAAAGAAAAAAUUGAGAAUUCAAAAUUUACAUUAGAACCAACUUUGAUCACUACUCUAGCCGAAUUAGGAAUUACUAUUCCUAUUAGUUCUUCUGAAGUUGCAAAUACUAUUGCCGAAUUACAUGAACGUGAAGAAGAUUUAAUGAAAAGAGAGGUAACAGUUACCCAACAAAGUAUCAAAAAGGCAACUGAUGAUAUUGAAAAAGCUAUUCAAAAUUUUGACAAGAGAAAGAUAGAUUUAGAGAACUUAAGCUUGCAAGAUUUCAUUAACAGAGAAAAGAGAAGAAACGACACCGAUUCUAACAGAAGUUCUGAUAGACCUCCAAACAGAAAUUCAAACAGAAACUCGAAUAGAAGAUCUAACAGAGCCCAAAACAGAAGCUCGAAUGGAAAUACUAAAAAUACCAUCCCACUUGAUUCCUCCAAUUAG